CUUGAAUCAAGUCAACGCUCCGUCUUCUUUUGACACCGGCACUAUCUUCUCACUGCUUCCCCGACUAUGGUGUCUUUAACAGAGCGUUUGAAGGCCAAGUUGGGUAGAAAGGCUCCGCCAAAGCCCCCGAAUGACCAAGCACGGCCUGCCUCCAUUGCCUCCAAGUCCCAGCCACCAGCUCGUCCUGAUUCUACCAAGUCUCCGACGAGCUUACCAGAGCGACUGUGGGAUCAGGCAUACGAACAGGCGAAGACGGGCAAUUUAAGCACGGUUAGCGUCUACGAGAAAAUAUUAUCUGCCCAGCUCCGCGAACAAGAUGCAAACGUUUCAGAGCUCCCAGACUCGGCAGACUUCGAGUCGCAGCAGAAUGAGAUUGCGCAAAUUGCAGAUGAACGGCGAGGGCAGAUGCAGCGGCUCGUGCAGCAUUGGCUGCGCAGAACGGAGAGGGAUGCGGAUGUGAAGCAGGGCAUGGAAGACGGCAUACGAGCCGCCAUGGCUAUCAAGGAAGUUGUGGACAAGGCAGUCCAGGCGUCGCCAGAGGCGGCUAUCGCCUGGGUAGGUGUAUGUUUUGCACUCGAGAUCUUCAUGAACCCACUUACUCAGGCAAGCUCUAAUCGUCAAGGCAUCGCCUACGUUUUGUCGAGGAUGGACUGGUACUGGAACUUGUCGCGCCUUCUCCUAGACGAGAACAUUACCGAAGCACACUCUCAAGGCUUGCGAGGUGAACUCGAGAAGGUCAUCACUGAUCUGUACUCGAAGUUGCUGCUUUUCCAGAUGAAGAGCGUGUGCUACUACCAUCGCGGCCGGCUUUUGGGGUUUGCACGAGAUCUGAUCAAGCUAGACAAUUGGGACGGCGAGCUGAGCGCUAUACAAGCGGCAGAGGCAGCUGUACAGACAGACUCUGCGCAGUACAACACGCUCUCGAUCCGGAAUCGGCUAGGCGAGAUUGCUGAAACAGCCAAGUCACAGAACGUCAAGCUGGACAGCAUCAGCUCGGCCAUUCGAGAGCAGACCAGGCAGCAGGAAAGGAUUCACGAGACCAGCGCGGACAACACAUGCCUGGCCGACCUCCGCCUCACCGAUCCUCGUGACGAUAGGAAGCGCAUCGAAGAGACCAAGGGAGGCCUCUUGAAGGACUCAUACCGGUGGAUCCUCGGGAAUACAGACUUCCAACGGUGGCGCAGUGACCCGCAGAACCCGCUCCUAUGGGUCAAAGCCGAUCCCGGCAAGGGCAAGACGAUGUUGCUGUGCGGCGUAAUCGACGAGCUGCAGCAAUCGAUGGGCGCAACAGACCUUCUUUCAUACUUCUUCUGCCAAGCGUCAGACUCACGCAUCAACAGCGCCAACGCCGUAUUGAGGGGGCUAAUGUACGUGCUUGUUUGUCAACAGCCGUCGCUCAUCUCGCACAUUCGUAAGAAGUACGACCACGCAGGCAAAGCAUUGUUUGAAGACGCGAAUGCCUGGAUUGCCCUGUCAGACAUGUUCAAGGCUAUGGUGCAAGACCUGAAGAUGAAAAACACUGUUCUCGUUGUCGACGCCCUUGAUGAAUGCAUCGCCGGCCUACCGAACCUCCUAGAUUUGGUGAUCGCCACAUCAUCCUCGUCAACUCCUAUCAAGUGGCUUUUAUCGAGUCGCAACGAGCCACACAUCGAGCAGAAGCUAAGAUCAAUAGACCCAAAGGGAACGCUGAGUCUCGAGCUGAAGAAAAAUGCCGAGCAGGUAUCCCAUGCUGUCAACAUCUACAUCGAUACAAAACUGUCCCACCUUGAGUCUCUGGAAGAUGACGGUCUGAUGGAUCAAGUUCGGGACGCCUUGCGACAGAAGGCGAAUGGCACAUUCCUCUGGGUAGCUCUCGUGGUCCGGGAGCUCGAGAAACCCGAGUGCUGGGAUCGUCUACAGGUGUUCUACGACCGUAUGAUGACUCAAAUCCAAAACCUUGCUCCGAAAAACUCAAAAACGUGCCGGCACAUGCUUGCCAUCACCACCGUUGCGUAUCGCCCCCUUUCCUUGACCGAGCUGGGGAGUUUAAAACUUGUGGCUAUGUGUGGUUCGUUUCUCACCGUCCGAGAUGACCAGGUCUACUUGGUCCAUCAGUCGGCAAAGGAUUAUUUGAGUAGCAAAAUGGGAGGUACAGUCUUGCCAUCCCAAAGCGAGAUACAUCAUACCCUGUACGCUCGGUCGCUUGAACUUAUGAAUGGAACAUUGAAACGCGACAUCUACGGCUUGAUCGAGCCAGGAUUCGUAAUCAACCAUUUCCAAGCGCCGGUGUACGAUCCACUGGCACCCGUGCACUACUCGUGCGGCUACUGGGUCGACCACCUCUACGACUCGGUUCUUGGUAAAAGCUCAGCAAGCGACGGCUCUGUACAAGGAUUGCUUCAGGAGGGUAAUCUGAACGAUUUCCUCAAGAAAAAGUUCCUGUACUGGCUGGAGGCUCUCAGCCUGUGCAAGAGCAUGUCGAAAGGAAUUGUGUCGAUGGCCAAGUUAGAGGAUUUAACUCAUGCCUACGUGUCAGCACUCGUAUUCAGCCCCAAAGGCAGCUUGACACGGCAAAACUUCAAUCAUGAGGCCCCCUGCUGGUUGAAGAUAAAUCCACCUAUGGAGGAUAGAUGGGGUGCCUGUCUGCAGACGUUUGAGGGCCAUAGGAACUUCGUUAACUCAGUAGCUUUCUCUCACGAUUCAACCCGACUGGCGUCAGCCUCGAACGAUAGCACUAUCAUGAUCUGGGACGCCAGCAGUGGCACGAACUUUCAGACAAUCGAGGGUCACACCAGCUCGAUCAAUUCAUUGGCCUUCUCUCACGAUUCAACCCACCUGGCAUCUGCAUCUGAUGAUAAGACAGUCAAAAUCUGGGAUGCUAGUAGCGGUAUAUGCUUGAAGACGCUAGAGGGCCACGGCGGCUGUGUAAACUCAGCUGUAUUCUCUUAUGACUCAACCCGGCUGGUAUCCGCAUCCAAUGACAGAACGGCUAGAAUCUGGGAUGUCAAUAGUGGCGCAUGUCUACAAAUACUCAAGGCCCAUGAUGACUUUAUUUAUUCAGUGGCCUUUACUCAUGACUCGACUCAACUGGCGACUGCAUCAAGGGAUAGAACAGUUAAGAUCUGGGAUGCUAAUAGCAGCCAAUGCUUACAGACUCUCAAAGGCCAUGCUAGUCAGGUUAAUUCAGUGACCUUCUCUCACGACUCUAUCCUGUUAGCAUCUGCAUCUGAUGAUAGGACAGUUAAGACGCUUGAGGGCCAUGGUGGUUAUGUCCAAUCAGUAGUGUUCUCGAACGACUCAACUCGGCUCGCGUCCGCAUCUGACGAUAACACGGCUAAAACGCUCGAGGGCCACAGUAAAUAUGUCCGGUCAGUGGCCUUCUCUCACGAUUCGACCCGGCUAGCGUCAACAUCCAAGGACCAUACUGUUAAGAUUUGGGACAUCUGGGACGUCAGCAGUGGCACGUGCCUGAAGACGCUUGAGGAACAUAACAGUUGUACUCGGGCAGUAGCGUUCUCUCAUAACUCCACUCGGCUGGCCUCUGCAUCGGACGACAAAACGGUCAAGAUCUGGGAUGUUAGCAGUGGCACGUGUCUGAAGACGCUUGACGUUCUCGAACCGCUUUUUAACAUAUCAUUCAAUGCUACCAGCUCUUGUCUCCACACUGAGAUCGAAAUGAUGCUGGCAUUGGAAAAAGACCUACACGAAGCCGAAAGCACUGAAGCUGCCAGUCUCUGUCUCUCGGGUGGAGCUGUUGAGGAUAAGCGUAGCACCAACGAGGUAUGCUGUCACGGUUCGGGUAUCUAG